AUGAGUUCUUAUAAUACAUUCAGUCAGUCCUCUUCUAGUUAUGUAGAUCUUCUCAACAGUCAAGGCGAUACUCUUAACCUAGAUGGUGCUUACGAAGUACCUCCUUACUCGUCUCAAGAAUCUCAUCAGGAUGUACCUCUUUCUCAAGAGACACAUGUCAGGAAGGAGAGGAAGAAAUGGAAUCCGGCUGAUGAUGAAGCUCUUAUCAGUGCGUGGUUGAACACUUCAAAGGACCCUAUUAUUGGAAAUCAACAAAAGGGAGGAAGCUUUUGGCAAAGGGUUAACAAAUACUAUGCAGACACGCCUCAUGCUAUAGCCAAUGGUGAACAGGGGAUGAACAUAAACUGUAAGCAGAGGUGGUUUAGGAUCAAUGAGUGGACUAACAAGUUCUGUGGGGCUUACGCAGCUGCGGAAAGACUAAACAGCAGUGGACAUUCUGAGAAUGAUGUCCUGAAGAUGGCCCACGACAUCUAUUUCGCUGAACAUAACAUGAAGUUUACAAUGGAGCAUUGUUGGUGUUUGUUAAGGUUUGAGCAGAAAUGGCUGAACCUUAACACUAUUAACAACCCUUCAACAAACGUCAGAACAAAGAGGAAAGUAGUUGCUGCAGCUUCACAAUCAGAGGGUGGUUCACAAUCCGAACCUCAAGGUUGCAAGGCUGCAAAGGCCAAGAGGAACAAUGCUAAGGGGAAGGCUCUCGCUGAGUACAAGAGCAUGUGGGAAGUAAAGAGGGUGGACAUGGCUGAAAAAGAGAAGCUACAGAAGCUUGGCAUAUUAGACACACUUCUUGCGAAACCAGAGCCACUUGGUGAAGUUGAUCAACUUAUCAAGGAUAAGAUAAUGGGCCAAGACUACAGCUACUCUCAGCCUGAUUCAUCAGAUCAAUAUGGUCAAUACUCAAACGACACUGAGCAAAGGGAAAUAGAAGCUUUGAUUAGGAUGGAUGAGGCUGAGAGUAGUUUCAUGAAUGCUCAGGCGAGAGUUUACCCUCGUUAA